UAUUGCGGAUAUAUUUUUAAAAUUAUCAUGUUUACCUUACCCCUGCGGCCGCCAAAGGACUACGAAUUAAAAGAGACAAAGUACAUCCGACGAUCGGGUGAAGAAUUUUAUCCGGAAUGUCUGCCCAAAGUUACAAACAGAAAUUUUGGAAUUUACUGUAAUCCAAUAGAAUAUAAGGACAAUGAAAUACCUGAUAUCCCUUUCCAACCAACGAAUCCUAGACUGUUGGAAAGGCAGGCUUUGAAGGAGAAAGCUUGGUGGGUCACUAAGCCGGGAGUGGAUGAUAAGUUUCUUCAUGAACUUUAUAAUAAAUAUAAUGUUGUGCACGAGUCUUACAACACAACGUUUAAAAAAAAUCACCAUGUGUUUUAUCGUCCUUUCUACUUUGAAUUCGAGUGUCAGGACAACAGACGACUCCAAAAACUAAAGAAAAAGAUGGAAAGGGAAGAGUACGAAUUUGAAACUCCAUAUAACAUUCGUGUAGAAAAGAAAAUUGCUCGGGAGAAGCCAAAACUGGAGGUGCAGAAAUGUAUAUUGGGUCCACCUAUGUGGUGGAAAGGUGAAGAAAACGAAGAAAAAAAUUCAAAAGUGUUGAAAGAAUCAGAUGAUGAUUCGGCUGAAGCUGUUGUGGAACCAGCAGUAGUGAGAACUAAUUGGCAAGAGGCACCGAGGUAUGACAUUUCUAAUUCCGACGUGGAUCCAUGUGAAAGAAUGCUGGACAUGCAAUUAUUUAACCAGCCCUUCCGAUCAGAAGCAUGCAAUUUCUAUUAUACAAAUUACCCCCCACCCAGAAUAAAAUUCCGUCCCGAAAAGUUUGGAGAGUUCGGCUCAUAAUGUCAAACUGACACUUCAAAAUUUCAGUAUA